UACAAGCAACCCAAGUUCCUACAGCAUAUGCAAUUGAAGUUUCUAUAGCACAAACAACUAAAGUUCCUAUAGUACAAGCAACUGAAGUUCAUAUAGCAAAUCAAGUUUUACUCCAAAUUCAAAAUCUAAAUAAGUGA